CCAUGAACAAAUCGACUAUUAUGAAAUAAUCGAUGCUACUAGUAAUCGACGCUAUCCAACAUCGAUUACAAAUCAUUCGACUAUUUCAAUUAAUCGAUAUUGAUACCCAAUCCCAAUUUUUGCAGGUUAGCUUUUGUGCUCAACUAGUUUUUAGUUUAGGAAAAAAUACUGUGAAUUAUCAUUUAUAUUUUCUAUGGAUGUAGAAACAGGUAGUACAAACACAUCCCUAGAUGACAAAACUGAAGAUUUCUGCGAAAACCCAACACGGGAUACAUUGGCUGAGGGGCUUCUAUGUUUAUUGAAGCCUACAGUUGAUCAACUUGAUGGAAGAGUCAAAGCUACAAGAAUUACUCAAUUAGAACUGAAACAACAAAUUGAUGGUUUAGCUGAGGAACUGAGAAAAAUAUCUGAGGAGCAAGGCAACCCAGUAGAUUUGGAAGGCUACACUAACAAAUUGAUCAAUGCAAGGCAGAAAAUUACUGUCGUCAGCAAUAUUCUACAAGCAGCACAGGAUCGUUUACAGAAAGUAGAAUCGCAAAUUAGUCGGGAAGCAGCUGGAAGACGCUCGUUGCUGGAACCCUCGCCUUCGGCCUCCACCACAGUACAACUCCAUAACCACCCUUCUGUCCAAUAAUCGAGCAAUGCCAACCACGACCAAACUAACCACGCCGAAGUGGCGGCUAGCCGACGUGGGUGAAGAUGUUUACGAGCCUAGUGAAGACACGUUUCUGCUGUUGGAUGCUCUUGAAGCCGAACUGCCGUGGCUUCAAGAGAGGCACGGUAGAGAUCAGAACUCAGUGGAAGCUGAUUUGCCGUGGACGGAACGCAAACACAGCAGUGAUGAGAACACAAAGGAAGCUCAUCUGCCGUGUUUGGCUAGCAGAGAUGAGAACACAAAGGAAGCUCAUCUGCCGUGUUUGGUUAGCAGAGAUGAGAGCAUAAAGGAAGCUCAUCUGCCGUGUUUGGCUAGCAGAGAUGAGAACAUAAAGGAAGCUCAUCUGCCGUGUUUGGCUAGCAGAGAUGAGAACAUAAAGGAAGCUCAUCUGCCGUGUUUGGCUAGCAGAGAUCAUAACACAAAGGAUGCUCGUCUGCCGUGGAGACACGGAAGCCUGGUGGUUGAGCUGGGCAGUGGAGCCGGCCUGGUGAUCACAGCGAUGGCUGAAGCGUUGCAAGGCAGAGCGCACUGUGUGGCCGUCGAUAUCAAUCCUGAAGCCUGCCGAGCCACCAACGCAACUGCUCAGCUUAAUAAUGCACAGGUGGAGGUGAUCAGAGGUGACUUGCUGGAUUGUUUGCAACCAGGCUGCAUUGAUUUGUUGAUCUUCAAUCCACCCUACGUGGUCACCCAUCCAGACGAGAUCCACCAGGGCGAUGGCAUCAACAGGUCUUAUGCAGGAGGUAUCAGGGGUCGGCAAGUUAUGGACAGGUUAUUUCCGCAGCUGCCACGCCUGAUGGCGCCUCGUUCAUGAGUCUACAUGAUUGUCAUCGACGAGAACGAUCCACAACAAAUUGCAAAAUUGCUCCAAGAUGUUGGUUUCGAAAGCAGUGUUGUGAUGAGCCGUAGAGCCGACAUUGAACGCUUGUCUGUGAUGAAAUUUGUUAGGUUGUAGUAUGCAACCGGUUUCAAUUUUACAUUCCACACACCACUUUACUUGAAAACUACGCAGCCGAAAAGUUCUGCCUUUCCAUUUUCAUGAAUUGUAUGCAAUCGCUGUAUUACUUCAUAAUCGUUAAUUGAAUAAAAAUUUAAUUGUUUUAUCUGUUA